CCUCAAUUAUUUCUUGCUUUAUGCCAUGUUAAACAGGGGCUACGGUUUCAUAACUUUCAAACACGUCGACGGGGCCCUGCUUGCUCUCAAGGAGCCAAGCAAAAAAAUCGACGGUCGUAUGACCGUUACGCAGCUCGCUGCCGCCGGAAGAUGUGGGCCCUCAGGGACUGGGGCGCCAGGGGAUGUUGAAAUGCGGAGAAUUUAAAUAACCGGCAUUCCCCAAGAAAUGUCAUCGGAGUGCCUCUUAAGGCAUUUCUCAACGUAUGGGGAGAUCGAGGAGGGUCCUUUUAGGUUCGAUAAGCAUACAGGAAAAUCAAAGGGGUUCGCCUUUUUUGGUUACAAGACAGAGGAAAGGGCAAAAGCAGCAGUUUUGCAUCCAAGAAAAAACAUUGAUGGGCAUCAGAUCGUCUGCAAGUAUGCAGGCGAAGGGAAAAAAGGAAAUCAUGGGGCAGCACCAAAUGUUGGGGUCGGUGGAAUUCAGACCUCAAUUGGGUUCCCUGGAAAUGAUGCUCUCCAGCCGGUAACAACGCUUGGUUCACAGUAGGGCGGAUCCAGAGGUCUGUCUUCCCAUGGGGGUUUCCCUCAGGUUGAAGGGGGAGUGGCGGUUUUACCGCACCACCAGCACCCUUUCUCCAUUGGUGGUCCGGCGUUGACACCAAUUGGGAGUCGGGCGCCCCCAUCACUAGGUAGUGGUGGUGCAUAUGUUGGUGGAACGGGAGGAGCUUAUGGUGUGGGAUCUCAGUACGGUGGCCCGAGAUCUGGUAUCAUCUCAAGAAGGAAAAAACGCGAGGUAUUGUGAUGGGUAUCCUUAUUCAAUAUCUUUAAAUGUUGUUGGAUUUGCAAAUAGGAAAAGAAUUCUUAGGCUGUAUGAUUUCAAGUCACAAGUAACCGCUUCAAGACCUUUAAAAAACAAAGCCUAAUAGGAAAAGAAUUCUUAUAGUGUAUAAAGUUUCACUGAUGCACUCAAUCUCUUGAUAUGAGUGGAUAGAGUCCUCAUAAAAAAUCUUGGAAGGAAUUGAAUUCUUUAAGGUAGCGUAGUCAGAUGGACUCAUCCAUCCAACCCUCUUCCAUUUAUUUGAAAGUGUUGUUUAGAUCUGACUCCUCUUCCUGAAUUGAACUUGUCUGACACUUUUUUUUUUUAAUUGUUUUGGUUCAGUAACUUCAUAAGGAUCAUAGACCUAUUAGUCAUGGAUAAGCUAUCUACCCUCUCAAAAUAAAUUUGAAACUGGAAAUUGUUUUUCAUGAAUCCUUGCAAUGUGUUUGCUGUUCCACUUCUAGCUGUAGUACCAUUUUUCAAAACUCUAGUGUUGUUUUGAAAUUAAUGAUGCUACAUUGAUGUGCUUUAUAUAGUUCUGAAUUUCCUGGUGUCUAGUUCUGUGAAGAAGUCUGUUUGGCUGGUCUUAUUUUUCUGUCAUGUUGUCACUUAACUUUGCUUGGAUAAUGUAAUUUGUUACGUAGUGAUUAUUUAAUAGCAAUUAAAACUAUAUUUUGUGCCAAAUUGAUGCCUUCUUGUAAUUAUAGAUAAUUGUUUUAAUUUGUUCAUAAUUUUCCUCUUUUUUAAUUCCUACCUUCAAAUCUAGUUCUGCUACAGCAGUGAUCUAAGGCUUCUUGUCAGUUGAUCUAUUGUACUUCUGCUCUGGCCUCAGGGGCCUAGGGUCUUUUGGUGCUAAGAUAUGUAGCUUCCCACCACCACCUACCACCCAUCUGAGCACAGGAUGAAACCAAAAAUGAAAGAUACAGAAGAGUCGACACUUUUUAUUGUUUGAAACUCCAAUACUGAAAGCAUAUUGUUUUAUUUUAUUUUAUUUAUUUAUUUCUAAAUAGCAGCUGAGUGGAUCUAAAGGCAUUGCAAAAAAAUUACCCAUAUAGUUGAUGUGUUUGUUCCUUUGAGAAUCUAAUAUUGAAAGCAGGUUGCUACAAGUAUAGUGAUGUUUUUUUUUAUGUUUUUAACCGAAUAAAUAUUAAUAUACUGUUCAUGUGACAGCAUUAUUUCUUGCAUUUUCUUUCUUCAAGACCUUUAGCAACAGGAAUAACAAUAUUUUUAAAACCCUGACUGGAAUGCCGUUAAGUCAGGGAAAAUAUUGCAAAAUAAUAGAAGAGGUAAGAGGUUACGGUGAUACAGUUAGUUACACUUCCGUGUUCUGAGAGUUAAGUCCAUGAUAGUUAUUAUUGUUGAAAGAGGGUUGUAAUAUGGAUGAGUUAGUAUGAUGUUGAUGACUCUAGUUAACUUUGGAAUUUGGAACACGAUCCAGCUUUUGGGUGCUUUUGGUGACAUGAGUUCGCUAACAUGGCCAAGCCAUGAGGUCUUCUUUUUCUUGUUCUCCUUGCUGAAUUGUUUUAGGCUCUUUAUCAUUUUUCAAGUUCAUUAUUUUUGUUUUUGUUACCAAACGCCUGUCUAACCAGCAUGUCUUUACCACUUUCUCUGUGAGUUUGAUAGGAAUAAUGAAGUGUUUGCCUUUCAAAUUUCAGUAAAUUGUUUAAGAAUGGAUUCUUCUGUACUAGACUCGACAUAUUUUGCUCAUGCUCAUCCUGGUUGGUUGUUUGCUUUGAUUAUCCAGUGAUUUGGGAGUAGUUUUCUUGUCUGUUGUAUAUAUAAAUACUCUGUUGUGGUGGGCUUGGAUGGACUAACCAUGUUUCAGGAGGCGGUUUCCCUUGCAACUGUUUAUGUCAAUUUUGGUGGAAUGCCACCACAAGACAUUUUGGGCAUUUGAAGCUUGUUGGAUAGCCAGUAGAGAAGCUAUAAUAAACAAAGAUCAAAUGGAGGACAGAAUGCAUUCUUCAUAUUUGAGACUGGUCACUUACAACAUUUCACAGUAUUGAAUGGACAAUUUGGAGGCCACAACUCACAAAGCAGCUAUCACAGCUCACAAGCACUACUCUGUGUGCCAAUUAAGGAUUUUUCCAAGUUUUGUGGCACCGCCAGCAGUGGAUGAACUGAAUCCAGAUGCUACAACACCUGAACCCAUCCUUUGGAAUAUUUUUUUUUUUAUAUAUAUAAAUUGCACGAGAAGUCAAGGACCUGUUUUAUAAUAACAUAGAAAGUGUUAGAAUAGUUCUCAAAAAUAAUUUUUGGGAGUGAUUAUGAAAAUUAGUUUUUCAAUUUAUUCUUUGUGAAAUUUGAAUGUAGUUGAAAAAAGAAAAUUCUUUCCAAGACUAAUUACCAAACACUAAAAUUUCACAACUCAGAAAAAAGAAUUAUUCACUUCAUAAAAUCAUGACUUGCCGCUUAGUCGGUAGUCCUUCAUUAUUAUUUAAAAAAAAAAGGAAGGAUUUUUAGAGAUAAAAGGCUAAUGCGGCUUGUGAGAUAAGAUCAUAAGAAUUCUAUUAAAUUCAAAAUUCAUGUGGAUGAUAUGUGUAAUUGUAAAGUGAUUUAUAUAUAUAUAUAUAUUAAAGUUUUUAUCAUUACCUGUUUAUCCAUAUGUUAACUUUGGUGUUAGGCUUAGUUAUGUUUGCAUCGGGAAAGUUUGAUAGAAAAUAAAAAUAAAAAAGGAAAAAUGGGGAGAGAAACAGCAUAGAAAGAUAAAAAAAAAUAAAAAUUAAAAAUAUAUAAGUAUUUUUAUUAAUUUUAAUUAUAUUUAAUUAUUUUUUAGAGUACAAAUAAAUAGGAAAAAAAAUAAAAAAAAAUAUAUAUUUAAAUUUUUAUUUUUUAUUUUUAAAAAAUUAACUCUCUGGUACCAAACAUAGUGUUAAUAUUUAUAUAAGAAAAAUUAAUGCCGAUAAUGGGAUGAACUUGAAGCCCGGAUUUGGAGGUGGUCCGUUUUGUAUCAAUGCAAGUAGGCCGUUAGACCGGUUGGGUGCCGCCAAUGGCCAAGUGAUCCAAGCAUUCUCAAAAUCAAAUCACAUACAUACAAAGGAAAAUCCUCUCCAUUUUUAGACGCUUGCCUUCUUUUGGAAUUUCUCUACUUAUACGUCACCUUGCCUCCCUUACUUAUUGUCACAAAUUUCUGUUUUGCCUCUGGGUUUUCAUUGUUGAGUAUCUUCUGUCCUUUUGUCUUCUCUUUCAGUUCUUGCUUCACUGAUUAUUUUUUGAAUUUUAUGUUUUGCUCUUCCUUUUUCUGGAUCAAAGUUUGAUAGUUUGCAAUAGGUGUAAACCUGUUUUGCAUGUUGAUGAUUUGGGGCUGUUUCAAUCUUGCAUUGGUUUUUUUUUUUUUAUCUUCUUGCCUCCGUCUGGUGGCUAAGAAAAUGGAGGAAAGGGAAAAGGAAAUAGCCUUUGAGGCCUAUGGUCUCUGUUGUUUUCCUCUGUGUGUUUAUGAGACACUUGUUAGUUCAAAAUCUCGUUUCUUUUAGGGUCAUCAAUGAUAAAAAUUUGUAUUUUUUCCUUUUACAUUGUUUCUCAGGAACUAGGUAGAAGAUUUAUACUGUUUUGUAGAAAAACCCUAUGCAUUUUUUUACGAGGACAAGCUGUACAGUUUGGUAGAAAAACCCUAUACAUUCUAUUUAUGAGGACAUUCCUGUAUUAGUUAUAAAAAUUAUGUUCUUAUGAUCUAUUUAAACAUUUAGAAGAUCAAAAUUAAGUUGAGAAAUUAGAGGAAUGAGGUUCACUACUUCAGUUGGAACAUAGACAUCUUGUAUUAACUAAAAUAUCAGGACUUCGUAUGAUUUAAAAAAUUGCAUUCAGAAUUUGGUUCCUUGGGCUUCUCUCAAAGUAUAUGGGUUAACAUUUGAUUUGAUUUGUAGGAUUCAAAGUGUAAAUUCUAAACCCUUAUCACAUUACGAUUGCUUAAGAUCCCUUUACAUGCCCAUAUGACAGAAUAUUGGAUGUAAUAGAUUAUGGUAUUCUUUCUUUUUCUUUUGUUCUCUUUGUUUAUUACCUUUUUCUCCAUAUAUCCCACUGAUGUGUUUUGGAGCUUAUUACCUUUUCAUUACCUUUUAUCACGUUAUGAUUGCUUAAGGCAACAUGUUUGGAUGGUGAUCAAAGCCUUGAUACAUCGAGAACCUUUAACAAGUUGUUUGUUGCUUACAUGGUUUUUUAUUUUUUUAAGUCAUUGCUUACAUGUUAUGCUUCCCACCUUUCCCACCUCUCUGUGCAUGUCCAUAUUUGGGUGCUUUAGAAAAAAAUCAUCUUAAGGGACUUUGAACAGUUUUUAUAAACUGUCUUUAGGUGCUGUUGGCAUAAUUUGGGUUUUAAUGCUUCUUGUACUAGAUGAAUUCACUCUCUGCAUAGAAUGGUUACAUGUGAAUGGAUUGAUAUUUGUAUGCUUAUUGCAUUAUGUUUCUACGAGACAAUUAUAAAGCUGAUGGAUAUCAACCUAGCAACACACCACCAGCUAACCUUGCAAAUUCACUAUGUAAUCUUGACUAUGCAUUCAUCAGAAUAACUACAUAUAUGUGAAUCUCUAUAUUUAAGUUAAAAGAAUUAUAUCCUCAGUUUUACCUCUCAGGAAAUAGAGAUCGAAGAAACCAAUUUCAUAAGAGUCAUUUUUGUUUAGUAUGGAUUUCAUAGAUAAAGGUGUAGCCUGGGCUAGGAACAUAUGCGAAACGUUUGAAGCUAUGUGCUUGGAGGUGGAUGAUAUCAUGUACAAGCAUGCAGAACAAGCAAUGGGUAGCCAAGACGAUAUGUCACUCCCAACCUCAGAUGAGGUUGCAGGGUGCAAAUUUUUCAGGAAGGCAGUGGAAAGUAGUAACCUUGUAAAUGCCAUUGCUCAUCCUUCAAGUGCUCUGCUAUCUUCUAGUUCUGUCACUUGCAAUGAAUCUUCCGAGUGUAAAGGUUGGGAUAUUGAUCUUACCCCUGGUGAUGCCUUGUAUGCAGAAACAGUGUACAACCCUGCAGCCUAUGGGACUGUAUCUGCAUUAAAGCUUUCCCAAGAUGGGUUUGAGGCCUACAAUAAAUUUGCUGAGUCAGGGCUUUCUGUUUCUCUUCUUGAAAUUGGAAUUACCAAUGUUGCUGAGCCAAGCAUGACAACCGUCCGGGCAAACGAUAAGUUGAAGCUUGAUGAAAAUUACAAUGUAGUGGAGAGUCAUGAACGUUGUUCUGCCUCUUGUAAGGCAGCAAAUCAUAGAUAUUGCAAGGAGUCUCAAGUUUCGAAGACAAGGUUAGCGAGAGGGGAGGAUAACGAGCUGCAAGCAGGAGAUGUUGAUGCGGGAUCCAAUCAACAGAAGGGUCAUGAUUUGUGGGAAUCUGAGUGGGUGCUUGUCUAGAUAAAUUACCACUGGUUUAAGGAUGCUUUAAAUUGUGGGAGAAGGUGGAUUGGGGUUUUCUUGAUGGAGUCUUUUUAAUGCUUUUAUGGACAUAACGAAAUUUUGUUUUGUUACUUGAAUUUUCAGACAAGAGUAUAGUCAUAUUGACAAAAACUCAACAAACUGAUAGGGAAACAAUGUUAAUGGUGAAUGAGUGCUUCAAAUAUACCUUUUCUAUUGGAUGAGAGAA